GGGACAGUCAGGCAAGACAAACAACACUGACAAUACCGUCGUGACAGCGUCUGUCAACAGCACGGAACCACCCAGGGGGACAGCGUUUUCAUCCCAUGUAUUUUUAGAAACAGUCCGUCGUCACCAUGACAGCGGAAGAAACGAUAAAUGUGAAGGAGGUAGAGAUCAUCAAGGUGAUCCUGGACUUUCUAAACUCCAGGAAACUACACAUUAGCAUGCUGGCUCUGGAAAAGGAGAGUGGAGUCAUCAAUGGGCUCUACUCGGACGACAUGCUCUUUCUCAGGCAACUGGUGCUUGAUGGGCAGUGGGAUGAGGUCUUGCAGUUCAUUCAGCCUUUGGAGUGCAUGGACAAGUUUGACAGAAAAAGGUUUCGUUACAUCAUCCUGAAGCAGAAGUUUCUGGAGGCUCUGUGUGUGAAUAACGCCAUGUCUGCAGAAGAUGAGCCACAGCACUUGGAGUUCACCAUGCAGGAAGCAGUCAAGUGUCUCCAUGCCCUGGAGGAGUUCUGUCCCUCUAAAGAUGACUACAGCAAACUGUGUUUGCUCCUCACUCUGCCACGCCUCACAAACCAUGCUGAGUUCAAGGAUUGGAACCCGAGCACAGCCAGGGUGCAGUGUUUUGAGGAGGCGUGCACCAUGGUGGCGGAGUUCAUCCCAGCAGACAGGAAGCUGAGUGAGGCUGGGUUCAAAGCCAGCAGGGAUCGCCUCUUCCAGCUGCUUCUCAAGGGAGUCCUCUAUGAGUGCUGUGUGGAGUUCUGCCAGAGUAAGGCGACGGGUGAAGAGAUCACAGAGAGUGAGGUCCUCCUGGGUGUUGACAUGCUGUGCGGUAACGGCUGUGACGACCUGGACCUGUCCAUGCUCUCCUGGAUGCAGAACCUCUCCCACAGCGUCUUCUCCUGCGCCUUCGAACAGAAGCAACUCAACAUCCACGUGGACCGCUUGGUGAAACCUGCUAAAACUGGCUAUGCUGACCUCCUCACCCCGCUCAUCAGCAAACUAUCUCCCUACCCCUCCUCCCCCCUCCGCCGCCCCCAGUCUGCCGACACCUAUAUGUCACGUUCCUUGAACCCGGCAUUGGACGGCUUGUCCUAUGGGCUGUCCGGCCAGGAUAAGAGAGCAAGCGGUGGGGAGAUAGUGCCGGGUAAAGGGGUCUCUCCCAUGUCCCACUCGUUUGCCAACUUCCACUAUCCCGGAGCAGGAGGCCAGAGCCUGAGCAGGAGUCUCAUGAUGGAGAGCUCCGACUGCCACAGCAUCUUUGAGGAAUCCCCUGAAACGUCGAGGACAGAAACACCUGUGGAUAAGAUGAUGAGUUCAUCUGGAGCUCAGAAUCUGCGUCCUGCCUCCGCUCCGGGCGAGGAUGCACCAUCAGCUGGCUCUGGUGACAGGAAUGAGCUUCGUGACUCCACAGAGAAGUAUGAGGAGUAUUAUCGCCAGCGUCUUCGUGUGCAGCAGCACCUGGAGCAAAAGCAGCAGCAGAGGCAGAUGUACCAGCAGAUGCUUCUGGAGGGAGGGGUCCAGCAGGAACCCCCGCCCAGCGACAUGCAGCACAGCCUCACAGAGAAGUUCCUCAACAGGUCCAUCCAGAAGCUGGAGGAGCUAAACGUGGGAAUGGAGAAUUUAGGGGAGGAGGUGAAAUCUUUGGCCCAGCAGUGCAAUGGCAAUGGGAACACGCCCGCCUCUGAAGACAAUAACAAUCCCCCAUCUGUGACCCCGGAGCAGAGCCGGACCCAAGGGGGAGGAGUGCUCAGCAGUACCCCACAGCGCACGGUGGGGGGGUGCGAAGUCACGCCACCAAAUGAGUCCCCUGUUGUCUCUCAGAGUGGGCAGAAACAGGCAGGAGGUCAAGAAGGUGACUCUCCAGGCUCCUUAUCCCGAAGUAAACAGAGUGACAAGCCGAAAGGUCUGUUUGUGCCCGUGCACAGUCUGGAAGAUACUCAGGCUAUUCGUGCUGUUGCCUUCCACCCGUCUGGGUCGCUGUACGCUGUGGGAUCCAACUCCAAAACACUACGUGUGUGCGCUUAUCCAGAAACACUGGACACAAGCACUCCAACGAAGCAGCCAGUCGUCCGCUUCAAGAGAAACAAACACCACAAAGGCUCCAUCUACUGUGUGGCCUGGAGCCACUGCGGGCAGCUGCUGGCGACAGGCUCCAAUGACAAAUAUGUCAAAGUUUUACCUUUUAGUGCAGAGACGUGCAACGCCACAGGCCCAGACCUGGAGUUCAGCAUGCAUGAUGGCACCAUCAGAGACCUGGCCUUCAUGGAGGGUCCAGAAAGCGGAGGAGCCAUCUUGAUCAGCGCCGGAGCAGGAGACUGUAACAUCUACACCACUGACUGUCAGAGGGGACAGGGUCUGCACGCCCUCAGUGGACACACAGGUCACAUUCUGUCUCUGUAUACAUGGGGAGGCUGGAUGAUUGCCUCCGGCUCCCAAGACAAGACGGUGCGUUUCUGGGACCUCAGGGUGCCCAGCUGUGUCCGAGUAGUGGGAACUGCUUUCCACGGCUCAGGCAGUCCCGUUGCCUCGGUAGCAGUCGAUCCGAGUGGCCGUCUCUUAGCAACAGGACAGGAAGACAGUGCAUGCAUGCUGUAUGACAUUAGAGGAGGACGCAUCGUUCAGGUGUACCGGCCGCACAGCAGCGAUGUCCGAUCUGUUAGGUUUUCCCCUGGAGCACACUACCUGCUCACCGGUUCCUAUGACACAAAGGUCAUGGUCACCAACCUCCAAGGUGACCUGACCAAACAGUUGCCUCUGACCGUGGUGGGAGAGCACGGCGACAAGGUGAUUCAGUGUCGAUGGCACACACAAGACCUGUCCUUCCUCUCAUCCUCUGCUGACCGCACUGUCACACUCUGGACACACAACCCAUAACACACACACACACACAUGCACGCACGCACACAUGUGCACACACACACCCCUACACCCCUAAAACAACACUGCUCCUCCAGCACUAUCAACUCGGUCACACCCUUUCAACACACCUGACACUUAGAGCCUGAAAACACACACUCUCUCUCUCUC